AUGGAAUAUUAUUUAGCAGCACUAGCAGUGGCGCUGCUCGUUCUGCUGGACCAUAGUGGACAUGCGUUCCUUCGGGAAGCACCCCCCACCAUGCGAUAUCCGGUGAUUUCGAUUGCAAUACGACUGCAUAAUCAUGCGCAUGCAUUGCCGUAUUUUUUUGGAUUGCUCGAGAAUCUCGAUUAUCCGAAAAACCAGAUUUCGAUAGACAUUUUCAUCGGGGCACAUGUCGAUGCAACGCGCGCUAAAACUCAGCAAUGGAUGGAUAGUGCACGAAAGCAUUAUCGUAGCAUUUCUAUCACGUUGGAUGGGAAGAAUUGGCGUGAAGAUGCGUUGAUGAAUGCGCGCAGUAGUAAAGCAAAGUAUGUGCUGUUUUUGAAGGGCGAUCAUUUGUUGACAGACCACAGAAUUCUGCAAAAAUUGAUGGGAAAAAAGAAAUUGGCAAUUGCUCCGCUUCUUUUUGCACCAUUUGGUGAUCCGCCAUCGGUUUUCCUCUCAGAUGAUUACACUCUUCGCAGAAACAUAUCCAUAGCUGAAGUUAACGAAAUGCCGGAGCCAUUGUUGCUAAAUUUAGCGCAUAUCGAUUCGUCGUAUUUGACAUUUUCAUCGGACAAUCUACACAGCUAUCCAGCGGAGGAUUCCAGAUAUCCAAAAGAUGUUUUCGCGAAUUCGGCAUCCCGCAUGGGCAUAUCUUUUUUUGUGGAUAAUGAAUUCUUUUAUGGAUAUUUUUUUGAUCACUCGUUGCGAUCACUAGAUUACCAACGCAAACUGCUGCGUUAUUUGCUCGCUGAUUGGAUUGCUGAUAGUGGCUUGAUGCCGUUUGCUCAUUCAUCAUUUUUGAAAGUUACUUAUCCAAGGGCGUCAUUAUUUGGUGUUGAUAAAAUUUAUCUUAUCAAUCUUGAACGGAGAACCGAGCGGUAA